AUGGACGAGCCCGAGGGCGUGAGGGGGAGAGAGGACGCGGCGCCGGGCCGCGAGGCCGGCGACGCCGAGGAGGCCGGGGACGGGUUCCAGCUCGUGACGCAUGGCAAGAAGAAGAAGAGGGCGGCCAGCGGCCAGGACGGCGGGAGUGAUGGCUAUGAACUCCUUGAUCGAUGUGUGAGACAUGGCUUAGGUAAAAUACUAAAGGAUAGUAUCGGCGCCGUUCUCGGCGCCGGGUCGGUGCGGGCGUUGACCAAGGACAAGGGAGCCGCGCCGGCGCCGGGGGCCAAGGCCAAGGUGCCCUUCCACGAUCCGAGCAUUCCCCGGCCGCAGGACGUGUACAAAAUCAUAGUGGAUAACUACAACCCGUUCGAGCAUGUCUGGCUAGAGCGCAGCCAAGACGGCACCCGACGUGUUCACCCGCUGGAAAAACUGCCUGUUGAACAGUUCGUUGACAGAAAUGUUCCUGAGAGAGAACCAGUGAAGCCAGCUGAUUUAGAGGAUACACAAUUUACACUGGUUGAAGAUCACAAAGGCUUAGUGGAAUUAGCGAAAAAGUUGAAGGGUGUCACUGAAUUUGCUGUAGAUUUGGAGCAUAAUCAAUAUAGGUCAUUUCAGGGCUUGACCUGCUUGAUGCAGAUUUCAACAAGAACAGAAGACUUUAUUGUGGACACUCUUAAGCUACGCAUAUACAUUGGUCUCUAUUUGCAAGAACCUUUCAAAGAUCCAACAAAGAGAAAGGUAAUGCAUGGUGCGGAUCGUGAUAUAAUGUGGCUCCAGCGGGAUUUCCACAUCUACGUGUGCAAUCUUUUUGACACAGGACAGGCUUCAAGGGUCUUACAGAUGGAGAGAAACAGCCUUGAGCACCUAUUGCUUCACUUUUGUGGAGUGACAGCAAAGAAGGAAUAUCAAAAUGCCGACUGGAGGUCGAGGCCACUUCCUGAUGAAAUGAUCAAGUAUGAUAGAGAAGAUACACACGAUCUGCUGUACAUAUAUGACUUAAUGAGACAGAGACUACAGAGGGAGUCAACAUUUGAAAAUGAUCUUCUUCUAGAGGUCCAUAAGCGCAGUAAUGAAAUUUGCUUACAGUUCUAUGAGAAGGAGCUUCUGACAGAUACAUCCUAUCUCCACAUAUACGGGUUGCAGGAACAUGAACUGGAUGCAAAACAGCUGGCUGUUGCUUCUGCUCUACAUGAGUGGAGAGAUCGUAUAGCUCGUCAGGAAGAUGAAAGUACUGGUUAUAUACUGCCAAAUAAGGCUUUAAUUGAGAUAGCAAAGCAGAUGCCUACAGAUGUUGGACAUUUGAAAAGAAUUGUGAAAUCAAAAUAUCCAUAUGUUGAGAGCAAUCUUGAGCUAAUUGCUUACACUGUCUGGAAUGCACUUAAGUAUUCUUAUGCGUUUGAAGGAAUAGCUGAGCAACUAAAAAAGGAACGGCUGGAACAGUUGGCUUUGAAAAGUGGUCAGGCCAGUGAUGAAGUGACUCCUUUGGAUGCUGACAUUGAUAGGAGUAAUUUUGAUUCAUCUGAUCAGUCUGCAAAUGUCAGUGUUGCUUCUGGCAGUGGGGCUGGUUUUAUGAGUGAAACAGCUUUGAUCAGCAGCAUCCACCUAGAGGAUAAAACUCAAACCAUAUCCUCAGUUAAGACCUCUGGGACCUUGUCAGGCCUGAUCAGACCAGUGAAUAAGGAUGUCCUGAGCAAUAAUAUACAUCAGCAGGCUAGUCAGGACCUGAGACACACUUUAGGAGCUCUAAAAGGAAACUUGGCAUCUGGAGGACAGUCAAAUGAGCAGGCUGGGAGCAAUGUGGAGAAUUUUAGAUCUUCUGUAUUUCCUUCCCAGCAGUUGUCUGGUGGAGUAAAACCAUUUUAUCCAAAUGCUGGAAUGCACAUUGACAAUGUUUGGAUUCAAACAACUCAGAUGAAUGAGACAAUGCAGCUGGGCAACACACCUUACUACACACAGCUUCCAGGAUAUAGCACUGAAGUUGUAGGGAGCCGUUAUGAACCUGAAGGCUUGCAGAUGUCCGGGUACCUGUCUGGUUUUGAGCCUGGCAUUGAGUCAAUAAACCAAAGAAGUACAGUAACAGUAACAGGACAGCCUCCUGGUAGACACAAGGAAGGAAAUUUCCAGAGUUCGACAUUGACUGUGUAG